AUGUUUAAGCAUGUCUUGGCCCAGCCUGGACUCGAGCCCUGGCAUUUGUCGGACGAUGCGCUGCGCUCUUUCAUCAGCACCGUUCGUUCAGCGUACCACCGCUUGAAUCCUUAUCACAAUUUUCGUCACGCGGUCGACGUCUUACAGGCUCUUUUCUACUUCACUCUCUCAUCUUCCGCCUUACCAUCCUUUGCGGGCGAUCAUUUGGCCAGCCAGCGCACGCUUCCUUCAGCUAUUGCUGAUCUCUUCACUCCUCAAUACAUUCUUGCGCUAAUGAUCGUCGGCCUGGGACAUGACGUGGGACACCCAGGCGUCAACAAUGCCUUUCUUGUGGCUACACAAGCCCCCCUUGCUGUUCUUUACAACGACCGCUCGGUGCUUGAGAAUCUUCAUGGGGCUGCUUUGAGUCGGAUUCUUUGUAAACAUUGGCCUGCCACCCAAGAACCUGUAAUGCGAAAGAUCAUCUUGGAGCUUGUUCUAUCUACUGAUAUGGCGCUACAUUUCGACUACAUGACGAAGUUCAGCGAUAUCAAUUCCCUGCUUGCGUCUAACGAAUUGAAGCAAAAUGCCAAUUCAGCCUCGAUUAGCAAACUGCGUCUGAUCAUCUUCGCGGGCCUCGUGAAGUGCGCUGACAUCUGCAACGUCGCUCGGCCUUUGGAGGUCAGCAAACUCUGGAGUAGUGCUUUACUCAGGGAAUUUUUCAACCAAGGCUACUUGGAGCGGUCGCUUGGCAUGCCCAUCACCAAGUCAUUCGAUCCAAAGCAGACGGUGCAGGCUGAAAGCCAAAUUUUCUUCACAGAAAUGUUCGCAAUACCGCUCUUCGAUUCACUCAAGGCUGCUCUCCCCAUACUCGAGCCACUCAUUGCUCAAAUGCAGAGCAACAAGGCCUACUGGAGCGCGAUGCGCCAGAACACUGUUGAGCCGAACAAAACCUCAAGUGCUGCUGCCGGACAGCAGACAGAUUCAGAGGUCUUGAUGAAGAGCCCAAACCAGACAGGCUGCUUCAGCGUCUUCCAACGCAAACGUUAG